AUGUUUCUGUUUUUAUUAUUUGUAUCAAGCGUCGCUGCAUUUGCACUUGUAUUGUUUCUAUUAAAAUUAAAUCGUGAUUAUGCUAUAACCUCAUUUGUAAGAAAAAUUAAAACAAUCGAUGGAUCACCCGUGGAAGAGACGUUCUCCAUAGUUGGUGGAUUUUGGGGUAGUAAUUUUGAUUUUCUGUCAAUAACAUUGGAACAAUUGUUUUAUUAUUCUCGCAACUAUGCCAAAGCAUUUAAACGUAGCUAUAUCAUCUACUUCCUAUUGAAUCCUGUUCUCAAUGUCAUCGAUGCCAAAGAUGCUGAAUUGGUUUUGAAUGAUCCUCACAUCCUGACAAAGGGUUAUUUUUAUACAUUCCUACAUCCAUUUUUAAAAACGGGUCUUUUAACGAGUACAGACAAAAAGUGGCACAAUCGAAGACGUUUACUUACUCCCGCCUUUCACUUUAAUAUUCUGGAACAAUUUAUGUAUACCUUCAAAUCGGAAUCCUUGAAAUUCAUUAAAACUUUAAAUGGUUUAGUGGAAAAUAAAAAUUCCAAUGGGAUCAUAUCGUUAAAUGAAUUAAUUCCACGCAUAACUCUCAACAAUGUUUGUGAAACCGCAUUGGGUGUUUGCCUGGAUGAUCGUUUGGAUGGCGAUGAAUAUCGCCAGCUGAUUAGCGAGGUGGACAAAAGUCUAUUGGAGCGUAUCAAAAAUCCUCUCAUGAUUAUCGAUAGGAUUUAUUACAAUUCAGCUGAGGGCCGGAAAUAUUUGAAAUCGAUAAAAACGUUGCAUGCCUUCUCUAGUGGAAUCAUUGAAAAGAGACGUGAGCUAUAUAGCAGGGAUGUGGUUCAGGAGGAAGAUAUACAAGCAAAUGAUCAUGAUGAGAAUAACAUUUAUCGUAAACGCCGUUACGCCAUGUUGGACACGUUGCUGCGAGCCGAAAAAGAUGGCCUCAUCGAUCACGCUGGCAUUUGCGAAGAGGUCGAUACAUUUAUGUUUGAAGGAUUCGAUACAACAUCAAUGGCUCUAAUAUUUGUUCUUAUGGCCUUGGCCUUGCAUCCGGAUAUGCAACAAAAAUGCUAUGAUGAAAUAAACGAACACAUAGCUGGUGAUCAUGCCACCUUGGAUAUGCAACAAUUAAAUAAUUUAAAAUAUUUAGAUUGUUUUAUAAAAGAAACACAACGUAUGUAUCCGUCAGUGCCAAUUAUUGGACGUGAAUGUACCGAGGAUACGGUGUUUGGUGGCAAGAUGCUAUUUCCCAAAGGUACACAAAUCCACAUGCACAUCAUCGAUAUACACAUGAAUCCCAAAUACUAUGUGGAUCCGGAGAAAUUUGAUCCGGAACGUUUUACGCCAUCACAGGCGGAAAAACGUCAUCCAUUUGCCUUUAUACCGUUUAGUGCGGGACAAAGGAAUUGCAUUGGACAAAAAUUCGCCCUGCUGGAAAUCAAAACACUUUUGGUCUACGUUCUUAAGAAUUUCAUAUUGGAAGCAGUAACCCGUCCCGAAGAUUUUCGUUUUCAAUGUGGACUUUUGAUACCCCAAAUUUUUGAAUAUUCUCGUGGCAUGGCUAAAACGUUUCGACGCAGCUAUGUUCAAUAUUUCCUUUUGACUCCGACGUAUAAUGUCAUUGAUGCCAGCGAUGCUGAAAUGAUAUUGAGCGAUUCCCGCAUAAUGGAUAAGGGAUUGCUGUAUCGGUUUUUGCAUCCAUUUUUGAAAACAGGUCUUUUGACAAGUACCGGCAAAAAGUGGCAUACACGACGUCGUUUGCUCACUCCAACCUUUCACUUUAACAUCCUGCAACAAUUUAUGGAAAUUUUCAAAUUAGAGUCGGCGAAAUUUAUUGCCGAUUUAAAUAAGCAGUUGGAAUCUGAAGAUUUUAAUGGUAUUAUUUCGUUAAAUGAAAUGAUACCACGAUUUACCUUAAAUAUUAUAUGCGAAACUGCUUUGGGUGUCCGCCUAGACGACCACAAGAACGGUGAUGAAUAUCGAGAAUAUUAUUCCAAAAUCGAAGAGCUAUUAAUUGAACGUCUUAAAAAUCCGCUUAUGUUAUUUGAUUGUGUAUUUUUCAAAUUUCAAAAUGGUAAAAACUUUAUAAAGUCCCUAGAAAAAUUGCACUCCUUCUCCAGUGGUAUUAUUAAAAAACGACGUGAAAUGCUGGAAGCGGAAUUGAGACAACAGGAGUUUGAAUUAAUGGAGCCCAUUGAUGAUGACGAUGCUAAAGAUAAGAAUAUUUAUGGCAAACAACGCUACGCCAUGUUGGAUAGCCUUUUGCUAGCCGAAAAAGAAGGCCUCAUCGAUCACAAGGGCAUUUGUGAAGAAGUCGAUACAUUUAUAUUGGCCGGUUACGAUACCAUAUCUAUGAAUUUAACAUAUGUUCUUCGGUGUCUUGGCCUAUAUCCCGAUAUGCAGUCAAAAUGUUAUGAAGAACUGCAGGAAUAUAUUCCGGAUAAUAUCAACGAACUGACUAUGAAACAAUUGAAUAAUCUAAAAUAUUUGGAUUGUUUUAUACGUGAAACAUUACGGCUGUAUCCUUCGGUGCCAACAGUGAAACGUGAAUGUAUUACUGAUACUAUACUUGGUGGAAAGUUGUUACUACCAAAACGCACACAAAUAAAUAUACACAUCUACGAUAUUCAUAGAAAUCCAAAAUAUUAUCCCGAUCCGGAUGUGUUUAGGCCGGAGAGAUUUAUGUCUGCGGAAAAAAGACAUCCUUAUUCAUUCAUACCCUUUAGUGUGGGUCAAAGGAAUUGCAUUGGUAAGAGAUUGGUAGAGAGAUACAGAUUCGAGGCUAGAUUUUGUUCAUAA